UAGCGCCUACUCUGCGCAUGGUUUUCCAGCUGCUCCGCUCGCCCGGAAAACAAUCACAGUGUUGAACAGCCAGAGGACGACGACGACGCGGAUUGCGCACUCAUGUCAGUGUGUGUGCGCGUGUGUGUGUGCGCCCGUCAGUACACGUCGGUACAACACUUUAGCUGCGUGCGCGGAUCUCCUGGAAUAGUCAUCAUCGGCUGCUCCCGCCGCCGCCGCCUCCUCAUCCUCCUCAUGGGAUCUUGAUUUGCUGCGCACAAUGUGGAAAAAAAUGCCCGUGAAUACUUGAGGAGUGACGACAACUUUCCUCCCAUUUCGGACCCGGAGAGGAGGAGUUGGAACGCGGGCAGAGAGAGUGAGGAAAAAAGGAAGGAGAAGAAGGGGGGCUUCUGCUGCGUCUGUGAUCCGUCCGUCCGCUCAGCCCCCGCCGCUUGGAGCCGUGCAGCCCGGGCUAAACGCGAGGGAUGUGGCCCGCGGAGGAGCGUCGCUCGCCGCGGUGGGGCUCCACGGAUGCUGCGGAUCGGUCGGGCUCGUGGCGGUGCCUUUGUGGACCGGACACCGACUGGGGCUGACGGAUGUUUGCGCAACGACUGGAGUUUUUUUCCUCUGUGUGGGACUGAUGGAAACAUGGAAGGCAGGUUUAUUUUUGUGUCGUAAGACAUGUUUCUCCACUACCCAUGUGCAGAUGUGUGGAAAGUGCACUCAAGUUUUUGCCUCCACAAGGACUUUUUUUUUUUUUUUUGGCGUUCCUGGACUUAACUAUGGGAUAAUCCAUUAAUUUCUAAAAGGAGUGUUUUUAAGUGCUGAACCGCAGCAUGGCGCUUAACUGGGCUGUCUUUCUCAUCCCACUCUGGGCAGUGGGAGCAACAUUCUCGGGGGUCCUGAACGUCACAGACGGAGACAUUUUUGCGGACGACAUGCUGCAGGUCCAACUCGCUGGGGACCGAGUGGCUGAGCAGCAGGCGGGUUUUUCCCACCCGGGUCUCUAUUUCGGCCCAGGGGACGUAUCGCAAAUGAGACAAAGGUCCUCGAGCAGCCACGGCCACAUAUAUAAAGUCAUCCGUGCGGCAGCUCUCACCAUGCUGUCCAACGCUCCUUCCUACCUCGCGCCUGCCAAGCACGAGGAGUUUUCAAGCAAGUGGAACGAGAUUUAUGGGAAUAACCUGCCUCCCCUGGCACUGUACUGCCUGCUGUGUCCCGAGGACUCGGCCGCCCUGCAGUUCCUCAUCAAAUUUAUGGACAGGAUGGCUGAGUACCCAAAUUGGAAGGUAACCAGCGCGCCCCACGACGAGGUCCCAAUCGCGCACUCCCUGACCGGCUUCGCCACGGCCUACGACUUUGUUUAUGCCUACCUGGACGUACGGCGGAGAGACAUUUACCUCAAGAAGAUCCGCUCGCAGACGGCGGCUCUUUACGACUUCUCCAAGUACAGGGGCUGGGGACGGCAGUACCUCCACAAUCACCAGACCACCAACGUAAUGGCCCUUCUGACCGGGGCCAUCGUGGUGGGGUCUCACGACGACCCGGAGUCGAUGCUUUGGAAACAAUUGGCAGUCAACUGCAUGGAGAAAACCAUGUUCCUGCUCAACCACGUGGUGGACGGCACGCUGGACGAGGGGGUGGCGUACGGGAGCUACACGGCCAAGUCCAUCACGCAGUACGUCUACUUGGCGCAGCGACACUUUGGCAUCGACAACACGCAGAACAAUUGGCUAGGCGCGCACUUUUGGUUCUACUACGCCACGCUGCUGCCCGGCUUCCAGAGGUCGGUGGGAAUCGCCGACUCCAACUACAACUGGUUCUACGGGCCCGAGAGCCAGCUGGUGUUCCUUGACGCCUUUGUCCUGAGAAACGGCGCGGGGAACUGGUUGGCUCAGCAGAUCCGCAAACACCGACCCAAAGACGGCCCCAUGGGCCAGUCAUCGGCACAACGCUGGGCCACGUUGCACACAGAGUACAUCUGGUACGACGCUCGGCUGGCCCCGCAGCCCCCCCUCGGCUUUGGCAGAGCCGCCAUGCACAUUUUCUCCAAUUGGGGCGUGGUGACCUACGGGGCCGGGCUGCCCAGCGGCCAGGGAAACACUUUUGUUUCCUUCAAGUCUGGCAAGCUGGGCGGCCGCGCAGUCUUCGACAUUGUCCACGAGAAACCCUACUCGUGGGUGCACGGUUGGAAUAGUUUCAACCCGGGUCACGAGCACCCGGACCAGAACUCUUUUACCUUUGCUCCUAACGGGCAAGUGUUUGUGUCAGAAGCACUUUAUGGGCCAAAGUUGAGCUACCUUAACAACGUACUGGUGUUCGGUCCGUCCCCUACGAGCCAGUGUAACGCUCCGUGGGAGGGGCAGCUUGGCGAGUGCUUCAAGUGGCUGCGUUGGAACGACGAGGGAGUUGGCGACACCAGCGGCGAGGUGAUCGUGGCGGUGUCCCACGGAGACGCCAUGUUCGCCAGCGGGGAAGCCGUGUCGGCGUACUCGCCCGCCAUGAGGCUGCAGAGCGUGUACAGAGCCCUGCUCUUGCUCAACUCCCAAACGCUUCUGGUGCUCGAUCACGUGGAGAAGGCGGCCGACUCGCCCGUCAGGUCGCUCAGCGCCUUCUUCCACAAUCUGGACAUUGACUUCAAAUACGUUCCCUUCCGGUUCAUGGACCGCUAUAAUGGCGCCAUGAUGGACGUGUGGGACGCGCACUAUAAAAUGUUUUGGUUCGACAGCAAGGGGAAUAGUCCAGAAACCCGCAUCCAAGAGGCGGAACAGGCGGCCGAGUUUAAAAAGAGGUGGACUCAGUAUGUUAAUGUAACUUUCCCGAUAACGGACUCCGUCAGCAGGACAGCUUACGUGUUCCACGGGCCGUACGUCAAAGUGUCCAACUGUAAGUUCAUAGAUAGCAGCACAAACGGCGUCAGGCUCUCAUUGACCAUUAACGGAACAGAGACCAUUGUGUCCAUUGCGACAAAUUACAAAGACAUCGGGGCGAGGUCGGCGUAUCUCGGCUACGGCGGCCACUGUAAGGUGGAGGAUCCGUAUCGAAUCACCCGAUUCGGUCUGGGGACGCAAGCAGCCUCCAAACAGACAACCGGCGACAAUCGACUCUUUGACUUUGCCUUUACGCUCAACGCCAUGGCGGCCCUGAGUCUUUGCGCGGUUGCUGCUUUACUCGCCAUGCAGCGGAAGUUUUACGACGUGUGCUUCAGGCUGCGGCGGCUCAUGCGCUACGCCCUGCUCGCCAUCCUCUUCCUGUGGAUAGGCGGCCUGCUCUUUGUGUCCAACAGCUGCGAUCGGCUCCUCUGCGGGGUCAAGUGGAAAAGCCAAGUCGAGCCGCAAGUCCGGCCGCAAGAGCAGCGCCAAGUCGCCCUGCCCACCGUCCUCAUCGCAUCUCUGCCCGGCUCGGGGGCGGAGAUCCUCAAGCACCUUUUCUACAACAGCUCAGACUUUAUUUACAUCAGGGUGCCCACAGAGCACUUGGAUAUACCUGAGACCGAGUUCGAGUUUGACUCUUUGGUGGACGCCUGCGAGUGGUCCCAGUCAUUGGCCAAGCAGGGCCGAUUCAGAAUGAUCCGAGGCUGGCUCCACUCACUGAUCUACAACACCAAGCUGCACCUGCAGAACAUUCAGCUGGCGAAGGAGGACUGGGCCCAGCCGCCCCAAGAAGAAGACUCCAAGAAGCGGUCCAGGCGGCGGCAGCCGUCGGCGGCGCUGAAGGGCAAGCUGCGAGCCAGCGCCGACCGAGACGUGGAGUACAUACGGGAGCUGAGGCGCCACGUGGCUCAGUACCCAAACAGCCGUGUUGUUUUCAACAUGCGAAGCGGGAGCUGGCCGCUGAAGCUUCCGUUUAUCCGGGAGGUUGUGGGACCUUCCCUGAAAAGCCUCUACGUGGUGAGGGACCCGCGAGCGUGGAUUUAUCUCAUGUUGUACAACAGCGAGCCCAGCUUGUACUCCCUGAAGAAUAUCCCUCAGCACCUUUCCUUGAUAUUCAAGGAGGGCGCCGUCAAGGACGGCUGCCCGAGCGUAGCGCCGGAAUUCCACGCUCUCCGAGGACUGCUGGCCCGGGAGGAGAGCGACCCGGUGUCGAUACUGGCCCACCUGUGGCUUGCCCACACCGCCGCGGUGCUGCGGGUCAGCCUCAGCCUUCCGGAGGACUCCUACCUCCAAGUGCGCUUCGAGGACGUGGUCAACUCCCCGCAGGAGACGGCGCAGGGAAUCCACGCCUUCCUGGGGGUGCCGGUGUCGCCCGCCGCCCUCAACCAGCUGGCGUUCACCACCUCCACCAACUUGUACAGCCUGCAGUACGAGGGCGACAUCUCGCCGGCCAACAUCGCCGCGUGGCGGCACAAAAUGCCGCGGCGGGACGUGAGGCUGGUGGAGGACAUCUGCGGGGGGUUGAUGGAGAGGUUGGGCUACAGCCGCUUACCCGGCUGACUCCGCACUGCUGUUGUCCUUGUUUGCACUGAUUUGAAACUCAUCAACAGGUGUGUACUCACAAAUGGGGGCAUUUUAUAUUAAAAUAGAUUUGCUGGGGCUUAUCGUUUCACGCUUACUGAGUGAGACGCACGCCCUAAAAGGGUCUCCUUGUGAGUCUUAGUAAGAAAGGACCGGUUCUGAGUCCUCAAUCUGUGAUGUCAGAAUUUGUUUUUACGCUGCUGAAGGGGACGUUCUGUUUAGGGGCAAUGAAACUAUUUAUUGACUCUUUGUGGUUCUUUUCUUUUGUUAAGUUUGCAAUUGUUGGAGCUCUUUUGGUGUCCUAAAAAAACGCAACUGGCCUCAGAUUGGCGGAAUCAGAUAUUGGAUAAAAGCUUCAAAGGUGUCUGGAAAAUGCUCAAGGAGCAGAUUCCAAAAAAGAAGCUACCUUGCCAGUCCUGGAGACCCGUUGCUUUAUCACACUUGAAGAUCCCUGCACCUCUGAGGCCUCUUUCUGCUCUCUGAACCUGAUCCGCUUCCCUUUAAAAAUAGGCAUCAUCUUUUUGGUUUAUUUGAAGAUGUCACCACUGUUUGCGCACUUUUCACUCUAUUUGGGGCACUAUUGAUGUACGUACAUCCUCCCAUCAUGGCUUAAGAGCGUUUGAAGUGUUUGUGAGUUCCAAAGAUGUGUGUGCUGUGGAUAUGAUUAGCAUUCCAACUCCCACUGGCGUUUAUUGAAUUAGAUCAGAGGAAAGUGUUUAAUGCGGGAUCAGAAAAAAAGAGAAAAAGGAGAGUGUUGCUGUCAGCCGUGACACUUUUCCCGUCGAAGCAAUUUUCCACACCCCCUUCCCCCCUCAGUCGGUGGCUCAUAUUAAUCUGCAAAAUGUCACAAACGAGGCAAACGGUUUCCAUUUUUCUGCCUCGGUCAAUCAGACGUCUAAUGAUGCAUUGAGGGUGGGGGAAAGGUGCGCUUUUUGCGCUGCUCUCAUUGCCGUCACUUUCAACCUGCGAUUGAUACGGUGCAGCCUUCCAUUGCAAUUGUUGUCUUCUCAAAGGUCUUGUAAAGGAAAAUAAAAAAAAAUGAAAGCACCAUUA